AUGGAAACUCAGGAAGAUAUAAUUAGCGAUAAUCCAGAAUUUAAAGAAAAGGAGCAGACAAUUAGUGAGAACAUUAAAGAUUUGGAAGAACAAAUAGCUAAUGUUAAAAACAAAAAGAAACUUAGAGACAGAGAUGAUAAGCUUAGAAAUACCUUUUCUACUGCUAAUAAAAUAAAAAAUCAACGAAAUAGAUCUAACUAUAGGAAGUCUGGUGACAAUAGAGAUUUCGGAAGAAAUCCCGGACCAGCUAAUAACGAUUUUAGGAACAGAUAUGGAGAUAACUUUAGAGGGAGGAAAUACUCCUAUACUAAAUCAGCGACUACAUGGAGCAAUAAGGAAAAUAAACCCCAAAAUAGAAAAGAGCCAUAUUUGUCACCUAAGCAUAGAAUGAAUAGAGGAGAAGACAGACAAUCUCCACCUCCCCAUCAGAUAAAAGAAAGAAUGAGGCGAGCCUCAGGAAAUUCUCCUACCCAAAGACCUAGUACUUCCACUUAUCAGAGAACUUAUGCUGAAGUAGUUAGUCCUGGUCGAGAGAACUUUCAAGAAAGGGAGAAACGUUUUUUAAGGAGGGAGCAAGACCAAAAAGAAAGACGAAUAACACAGUUUUUCAAACCCCGCAACAACCAACAACCAACCAACCAAUGGGAAAACAGAUUCUCCCCCUUAGAAAACCUUACAGAAACUCCACCCAAGAGGAAGAGAUCAGAGGAGAAUUUCCGGAGAGAGGAGUAUCAAAAUAGAAAGAAUUAG